ACCCCCAAGUUUUCAAAACAAAAACCAAAAUGGCGCUUCUCAUUUCACCCCUUUUAUUCCCCCGGACUCUCCCUCUCUUUCCUUCACUACUAAAGCUCCCGACUCUCUCUCUCUGCAACUGCAAAAACAAAAGGGUUAGCUGAAGAGGGAGUGAGUUAGAGGCAAUGGCCGAUCAGGAGAACUGUGCGAGAGUGACGAGGGCGGCAGCCAAGAAGAGGGCUGCCGAGGCGGCGGGGAUAAUGGAGGAGAGGGUGACGAACAAGAAGAGGGUUGUUUUGGGGGAGCUUUCCAACUUGUCUAACGUUCUUUCGGUGAAUAAAGCGCUGGGGAAGGAGAACCGGAAGCAGCAGCCUAAAGUGAAGGGGAAGGCAAAGACGAGAGUCGCAAAGCCAGCGUUGAAGGAGAAGAAAGAGGAAGCUCAAGAUGAAAAAGAUGUGGAUAUUGAUGCUAAAUCUGAUAACCCACAAAUGUGUGCGCAUUAUGUGUCUGAUAUCUAUGAAUAUCUUCACCAAAUGGAGGUGGAUCCGAAGAGAAGACCUUUACCUGAUUAUAUUGAGAAGGUACAGAAGGAUGUUACCGCAAAUAUGAGAGGGAUUUUGGUGGAUUGGCUAGUAGAAGUUGCAGAGGAAUACAAGCUUGUUUCAGAUACUUUAUAUAUGACCAUUUCUUACAUCGAUAGAUUCUUAUCGUUAAAUACUCUAAAUAGGCAAAGGCUUCAGCUACUGGGUGUAUCUUCAAUGCUCAUUGCCUCUAGAAAGUAUGAGGAAAUCAAUCCUCCAAAUGUGGAAGAUUUUUGCUAUAUAACGGAUAAUACAUACACUAAAGAUGAGGUAGUGAAAAUGGAGGCAGAUAUACUCAAGUCCUUGAAGUUUGAAUUGGGCAAUCCUACAAUUAAAACAUUUCUGAGGAGACUUACCAGAGUUGCACAAGAGGAUAACAAGGCUUCCAGCUUGCAGCUAGAGUUCCUUGGAUAUUACCUUGCAGAGUUGAGUUUGUUGGACUAUGGAUGUGUAAAAUUUUUACCGUCUAUGGUUGCUGCUUCUGUUACUUUUCUUACAAGAUUCAUAAUUCAACCAAAGAGACAUCCUUGGAGCUCUGCUGUGCAACAAUACUCAGGUUACAAAGCAUCUGAUCUAAAAGAAUGUGUCCUUAUCAUACAUGACUUGUAUUUGAGUAGAAGAGGAGGUGCACUUCAAGCAGUUAGAGAAAAAUACAAGCAGCAUAAGUUCAAAUGCGUGGCAAUGAUGCCUGCUUCUCCGGAGAUUCCCGCUUCUUAUUUUGAAGAUGUUCAAGAAGUUGAUAUUUCCUAUGCUGAAGAUGUUCAAGUGGUGAAAGUUUGACAUAUUUGAUUUAUGAUUGGUGUACACUUCUGUCAUUCAACCUCUUGGAGAAGGCCUUAAAGUGAGGGAAACUGAAUUGUCAAACACCAAGAGACUGACACUUGAGCUUGCUAACUUGAUUGGUUGAAGGACUCUUAACUGAUGUGGUACCUAUGAUGUAAUUGGUUAAUGCUUGGAGAUGUAUAUCUGUCAUUGGCAGUAAUGCUGACCUGGGAAGUGUUUUGAAUAUGAGCAGAACCUUAGUAUGUUAGCGAUUCUUAGAACAAUGAUAAAUCCUGUUGACUGAGAGGUUGUAAGUGGUUUUUUUAGCUUCUUCUGAUUUUGAAAAGUUGAAUGGUCGAGAGAUGUUCUUUUUUCUAUCAGUUUUUCCAGCCUUGUGGUUGAAUGAUGUAAAAAUUAUUUUGUUGAUAAAUGAUUAUCUUCCUCAAGAAGUAUUGAAAUUCA